CGACGAGUACGCGCAGUCUCGUCCCAACUAGGAAGAUACGGAGUCGACAUGAUUGCGCUUCUCCUCGCCGUCUGCCUGGGUCCCGCGCAGUUGCGCACGGCAUCCUGGCAGCUAAAGCCGAGCGCGGCUCUCGUCCUCCUACAACUACCCCUCGGAUUAUCCAUCGGACCCAGAUAUGUUCCAAAGUGGAAAAAGCAAGCAUGCGAAAUACCAGCAACGCAACAUCCAAGCUCUCACUAUGUUUGUGACGAGGCAGGGGAAGUCAAAUGCUUACCAGGGUGGACCGGAGACCUUUGCGACGUACCAAUUUGUCGGAAAGGAUGCGACCCUCUUCAAGGAUAUUGCAGGAGACCGGGAGAAUGUCGCUGCAAGCUUGGGUUCUACGGUGAAUUGUGCGAUAAAUGCGUUGCUCUACCUGGUUGUCAGCAUGGCAGGUGUAACGUGAGCUUCGAGUGUGCCUGUGAUUUUGGAUGGAAGGGUCUCUUCUGUAACGAGCCGAUCUGCCAUUUGGAUUGCAAUCCGAGUCAAGGGUAUUGCGAGAAACCCGGCGAAUGCAGAUGUCGACUUGGGUGGCAGGGACCAAUGUGUAAGCAAUGUGCGGUCCUUCCAGGAUGCGUGCAUGGAACUUGCCACGGUCCUCUCGAGUGCCGUUGUGACCCAGGUUGGACAGGAUUUUUGUGCUCGACACCGAUUUGCUCGUCGGGCUGCAGCCGAGAGCACGGGGGCUGUCGCCGGCCAAAUUCGUGCAGAUGUCGCGUCGGCUACACCGGGCCAAACUGCACCGAGUGCGUCCCGUACCCGGGCUGCGUCCACGGCACCUGCAGGAAGCCUUGGGAGUGCCGUUGCAAGCCCGGCUGGACCGGUGAGCUCUGUGACCAGCGGCUGACCUACUGCGACGACCAUCCCGGCAUCUGUCUCAAUGGCGCCACGUGCCUCAGCUACGCUCCCGACAACGGCGAUUACAGGUGCGUUUGUCCCUUGGGCUUCCACGGACGCCAGUGUGAGAAGGUGACGGAGAUCCCGGCGACAGACCUGAUGCCUCCCAAGCCUUCGGACGCGCUCGAUGCGGCGCUCAACGGAACGACCGAGGCCCCGGGUACAACUGCCGAGCUCUUGGGACCGAUUAUCGUCACCGAUCCACCCAAGCUCGACGAAGAACCUCCUCAAACGGCGGGCAAGUGGCCUCCGGAAACGCCGACCGUGUCUUCGGUCCAGCACCUCGACGCCGAGAACGAGGCUUAAUAGCCCCUCCGUCCCUGCAUCACCGACCGAUCGUUUAUUUAUUUAUUCAUUGAUUCAUUUAUUAAUAGUACGUAGAAUUAUUGGGCGACUCGUCCGAUUACAGUCGAAGAUAUCCUGGAGGCACUCGUAUUCACGCGAUAUUAAUGAUGCGCACUUUAAUUUACUUGGGACCCUCUUUAUCCAUAUUCAUUAUAAAGACUAUUGACGUCUCUUUCUAACGAUAAGCAAGUAAUAAAAUCAAAUUUCUGAGUGUUAUCGUCUCUCCAUCACGAUAAAACCUUUAUUCUUCACCGAUCUGAAACCAAUUUCUGGUAUUCUUACGACUUUGUGCGCUUCAAAAUUAUCUAGCCUUUAUUAAUUUAUUGA